AUGUCCGACGUCGCCGCGCGACGAUUGGCCGAGGAGCGAAAAAAUUGGCGCAAGGAUCACCCCCCGGGGUUCUUCGCCAGGCCCGAGCGCGCGGCGGACGGCACCGUGGAUUUGUUUCGAUGGAAGUGCGUCGUCCCCGGGGCCAAGGACACGGCGUGGGCGGGAGCGUUCAUCCCGCUCGCGAUGGAGUUCCCGAGGGAGUACCCGGCGAAACCGAUGAAGUGUAAAUUUCCAAAGGGAUUCUAUCAUCCGAACGUGUACCCGAGCGGGACGGUGUGCCUGAGCAUCUUGAACGAGGACGAGGGGUGGCGACCGAGCGUGAGCGUGAAGCAAGUGGCGUUGGGGAUUCAGGAGUUGUUGCACACGCCGAAUGAGAAGUCGCCGGCGCAGAGUGAGGCGUACGUGGCGUAUACGACGGAUCGGGCGAGUUACGAUCGUAGGGUGAGGGAGGAGGUGGCGAAGUAUCCGCCGCCGUCGUGA